GUCCAGGAUCGGUGCGAGCUUUCUCCCGAGCAGCCGACUUUUCUGCCCCGCCACAAUGGCCCUGCCCUUCCGCCUCCUCCCGUGGAAGUCUAUGGCGGAGACAGCUGGGCUGCCCAGAACGCGCGCGCCUCGCGCCAGCCGGCUCUCCACUUAGCCGCGCGCUCCCCGAGACAGGCGCAGGCAUCAGGGCACCAGGCGCGUCCCCGUUGCUUCGCCGCCACCGCCGCCGAGGGAGCGUUCGGAACUGGGGCCUUAUUCGUGCGGGGCAACAUGGCGCUGGUGCCCUGCCAGGUGCUGCGGGCGGCGAUCCUCCUCUCCUAUUUCUCCAUCCUGUGCAAUUACAAGGCAAUUGAUAUGCCCGCGCAUCAGACCUAUGGAGGCAGCUGGAAAUUUCUGACGUUCAUUAAUCUGGUUAUUCAAGCCGUCUUUUUUGGGAUCUGCGUAUUGACUGACCUUUCCAGCCUUCUAACCAAAGGAAAUGACAGCCAAGAACAAGAAAGACAACUAAAAAAACUCAUUUCCCUCCGUGACUGGAUGAUGGCUGUCUUAGCUUUUCCUAUUGGAGUUUUUGUUGUGACAAUGUUUUGGAGCAUCUAUAUCUAUGACAGAGAACUAGUUUACCCCAAACUCCUUGAUAAUUUUAUACCACCUUGGCUGAAUCAUGGAAUGCAUACAACUGUUUUGCCUUUUUUAUUAAUUGAGAUGAGAACAACACAUCAUGAAUACCCCAGCAGGACCUGUGGACUGGUUGCCAUGUGCAUUUUCUCUGUUGGCUACAUAUUAUGGGUCUGUUGGAUAUAUCAUGUAACUGGGGUUUGGGUGUAUCCUCUCCUGGAUUACCUUGGCUCAGGAGCUAAAAUUAUCUUCUUUGCAACUGUAACUGCAAUAAUUAACAUGUUCUACUUGCUGGGUGAAGUACUAAACAACUGCAUCUGGGAUACACAAAAAUGUAUGGAAGAAGGAAAAGAAAAACCUAAAUUGGACUGAACACAGGAUGAAAGAAAGCAAAAGAUAACUUGAGACUGUAUGGAAGGCUUCUCCGUGUCAAGAGGUGUUGCUGGAGGAGGCAAAUUACAUGAACCGUGCAUUCAGGAUACUUUUAUUUUUCUAAGAGGGGAUAUCGAUUUGGCAACAUGUUUCUCCUUCCCGAUAACUGUAUCUGCCCACAAGAAUACAUAUGAUGGAUAUCUCCACAGAGCCCUCAACAUAUGCCAUUAUAUAUAUCACUGUUAAGUUAUCUUUCUAUCAGAAAGAAGACUGAAGGAGUCUGUUCUGUCUCUGAUUUAGAAAUAAGAUUAGGCAGGCCAAGACUGAAUCAGUGGGGAAAUCAUCUACGUUUCUAGUUGUCUUAAACAGUGGAUCAGUCCCCAUGAGCUAAUAAAGGAUUCUGUGGUAUUUCAGCCAUGAUGUUGCUGGCAGCUUUGGGAAAAUAAUAGAAGGGUGAAGUUGCUUGUAGGAGACUGAGUAUACCUGAGGGACCCGGAACAACAAUGCAAACUGUUGUAUUCUUCCUCCAUUCUUAAGCCGUCUAUUAAUACAUAAAAAAUAAUAUAAAUUUGUUCAAGGAGCAGAUAUAAUGUAAGAAGCUUCUUUAAAUAAGUGGUGCUAAACAUCAGAGCAAACUAUAAUUACAGCUAAAAAGUAUAUGCAUAUUGUUCCUUAAAAUUCAAAACCACAUCAAUAAAGAACAAAAUAUCCCUACA